UGUGGGGAAAAUGGACUCACCCAUAGAGAAGUGGAAUCUUAUUAUUGGGAAUUUGGCGCUGAAACAGGUGCAGGCCACAGUAAUAGGGUUCCUGGCAGCAGUAGUGGCUGUUGUACUGGGUUGGAUUCCUGAGGGAAAGUUCCAGAUCAGUCACGCCGUCUUGCUGUGUUCCAGUAGUGUCGCAACAGCCUUCAUAGCAUCUCUGCUGCAGGGUAUAAUAAUGGUGGGUGUGAUUGUGGGCUCUAAGAAGACAGGCAUCAACCCUGAUAAUGUAGCCACACCCAUCGCUGCCAGUUUUGGUGACCUCAUCACGCUGGCCAUCCUGGCAUGGAUCAGCCAGGGCCUCUACAACUGCCUAG